AUGGGUGGUUCCGAUUCGGAGCGCCAGACACUGUUGAACAAGAUCAAAGAAAAGCUUAAGGAAUACGACGAGCUCAUGUUCCACAUACAGCGAGUUCAGGCAAUCAGAAGGCCAACGAAAACCCAUCAGAACGCAUUGUACGGACAGAUUACCCACAACAUUGCUUGGGCAGAGCACAAGUGGAUAUGUCAAUAUGAUGACCUGGCAGCCUUAUCGUCCGACACUGAACAAGAUUUCGAGAAACGCAUUGCUGGCAAUUUUCCGCACCCCGGAACAGAACACUAA